GUCAGGCUCAGGUGCGCGCGCGCGCCCGCCCGCCCGCCCUCGAGCGGCCCAGGGGGCCGUAUCAGCUCCUGGUGGCGACCCGCGGCGGGUGGUGGCGAGAGGGCGAGAGUCCGCGCCAUCGAGGGAACCGCGCCCUGUGGGGCCUUACCGCACCCGAGGGGAUGGAGCGCUGCCCCCGACGCCCUGGCGCCGCCCGCGAUCCCACCCUGGCCGGCCCUCGCUAGCUGCUCGGAUCGUGCGUUGUAUGCACCACCAUCCUAGGCCUUGUCUCAUAAGUCGGUGGCGUCGUGGUUCGAAAGAAAUGGAAGAAAAGGAGCGAUGUGACCAAUUCCAUUCAGUACCCCUGCGUUGAGGCCUGGUUGGCAUUUGUAAAGAGAAUAGUGUUUUUUUGGAGGGGGGUGGGAGGGGAGGGUGGGGAAAAGGAAACGAGGUCUUACAUUUUAUGAUUUUUUAGAAAUUAUGCACUUAGUAGUGGGCAAAAUACUGGUAAACGAAACUGAAGGUUAUUUUUCUAUUGAGAAGAGAGAAGAGGUGGAUGUUUCCCCCUUUUGAUUCCAACCUUUUCUCCCAGUGACAAAGCAUAUAUUAUGGACACCAGAGAAUAAGGUGGACCUCAGGAAUUUUGGAAAGACUGAGAAGCUUACAUUCUUCUUCAGGAGGGAAGAGUGGGGUGUUUUUUUAGCCCUCUUUGGAACCUAAAACGAAAAACAUGAGUUGCGUGCCAUGGAAAGGAGACAAGGCCAAAUCAGAAUCAUUGGAGCUGCCCCAGGCGGCACCCCCACAAAUCUACCAUGAGAAACAGCGCAGAGAGCUUUGUGCCCUCCAUGCCCUCAAUAACGUCUUCCAGGACAGCAAUGCCUUCACCCGGGAAGCACUUCAAGAGAUUUUCCAGAGGUUGUCUCCAAACACCAUGGUGACACCUCACAAAAAGAGCAUGCUGGGAAAUGGAAAUUAUGAUGUGAAUGUCAUUAUGGCAGCACUACAAACCAAAGGCUACGAAGCUGUUUGGUGGGACAAGCGCAGGGAUGUCAGUGUCAUUGCUCUCACUAACGUCAUGGGCUUUAUCAUGAAUCUGCCCUCCAGCCUGUGCUGGGGUCCACUGAAGUUACCUCUCAAAAGGCAGCACUGGAUCUGUGUUCGAGAGGUAGGAGGGGCCUACUAUAACCUCGACUCCAAACUCAAGAUGCCCGAGUGGAUUGGAGGCGAGAGCGAGCUCAGGAAAUUUCUAAAACAUCAUUUGCGAGGAAAGAACUGUGAACUCCUGCUGGUGGUACCAGAAACAGUAGAGGCCCAUCAGAGUUGGAGGACUGAUAUGUAACACGGUUCUGCCCAACCUUGCCUUUGUCUCAGCCCCUUCAGUCAUCUGUGAUGUGCUGUGGCCUCUACUGUGGGUCUGUCCUUGCCAUUUCCCCAAACAUCUCAUCGGGUUUUUCCUCUUCAGAUUUGACAGUGCAGUAGGACAGAUACAUGGACUGUUACAUGAACCACCCAGUGUUUUCUUCCUGGGAAAGGAAGGGGGAGCUCUGUAUACUCUAAGGCCAAUGAUCACAAAGCCCUGUUUUAUUUGAGAGAGAAAAAAGAAAGGGGAGGAGUCCUAGCUUGUCUCCCCUUUCUGUGAGGGCUUGACACAGAUUCUGCUGGAGUGUCACUGCUGCUCCAGACUCACCUGGAUAUGCUGCCUCCACUUUCCCUCUUGUCACAUCAGGGUCUUAGACAUAGUACACACAAACCCCAUGUGGCUGGCUUGAAGGACCCAGAGUAAAAAGGGUCUCUCAGGAAACCAUCUCCAAAACUAGUAAUGGCACAUGCCGUCUCCUUUUACCCCAGUUUUAAGGGUGGUUUAUGGCCAGCCUGGGAGUUUUAAUGAAAAGUUCUCUCAUAUUCAAGCCAUGUGGUUGAAUCCCACAACAUUCUAGUGUGACAAGUGAGAUGGACGUCUAAGAGGGUGUGGCUAAAGCCAAACUGGGACAGGCCUGGGGCAGCUUCUGCACUCUAGUUUUGUCUCUACCAUUUCACUACAUUGAUUUUGGGGGGUUCUGGGGAAAAGAAGUAGUUGUUCCAGUUGACCCAAAUCCACCUUUUUUUUUUUUUUUGCAUUUUUUGGCCAGGGCUGGGUUUGAACCCGCCACCUCUGGCAUAUGGGGCUGGUGCCUUACUCCAUUGAGCCACAGGCGCCACCCCCAAGUCCACCUUUGACACAAAACUCUACUAGUUUGAGAUAGAGUUGGGUGAGGAAAGUGUUGUGAGGAUAAGCUUCUCAGAGUUUAAGAACAGUCCAAGUCACUAUAGUGACAAGCAGAGCCCUUGAAUUGGGUGGUUGUGUGCAUUGUUAUAGGACCUGGGUUUGUCACCUUCCUGUCAUUUCCUUUACAAAUCUGCUGGGGAUUGACCCGCCCCCUACCUCUUGAAAUAGUUGUAGGCCACUUUCUCCUUUAACUUGGGAAAAUAGGAGGAAGGGGGGGGAAGUAUCAUACCAACGUGGUUGUGUUUGCCUCAACAGGUGGGCAGGCAGGGAAGACCCUAGCCCUUAGAGGUCAGUGGUCUUGGCAGGUCUGAGAGCUGCCCCAUUUGGCUAGACGUAUCUCCAGCAGCAAAGCCAGCCCGGGGCUUGCAUGUCGGUCCUGAGCAAGCUUAACGGGGUAAAGCUGAGGCUUUCUCCCCACUGUGACUGGAGUGCAUGUUUACACCAGCACUUUCUGCACAUGUAUCUUCAAUCCAACAAGGCCAUUUUUUAUGCUGAGUAACAAGCCACCAAGCGGCUACUGCAUUAUUCCCUCAGCAACUGGCCGCAGUCUCUUCUGCACCAUUUUCUACACCAGACUUGCUUAGCACCACAGGGAGCUCUUUACCCCUGCAAAGUGACAUUCCAACCACCACCAGCCAAGUUAGAGCCAACCUUGCUGAUUGGUACAGCAGGAUCUUGGGUCCAUUGGCGCUGUCUGGUAGCAAGCCAUUUCCUGGGAAGGGAAAGAAACUCCUCUCCACAUACUUGCUUGGGCCUGUGCAAAUGGUACUUCAAAAGGAGUCCCUGUGCACUUGGAGUCCAUGAGCCAAUGGGAUAUGCAAAGACGCUUAAACAUUUCAGGGCUGGUUUCUGUUCAUAUCUAAUUCCGGUGCUUAGGAGAGGGACCCAUGCUGAUGCCCAAGGGCAGAAAGCCUCACUUCCUUUAGGAAGGGAGCACACCUGACCCUGAUGCCCAGUAAGAGGCAACCCUAGGCUUUUUGUUUUUCUUGCUUUUAUUCCCUUUUUUUUGUUGGCCUUGUGCUGGGUUUGUUUACAAAAGAUGUAUUUUGUUUAACCAGAAUUAAAAAUGGAAAACUC